CCUGCAGAGACAGAGGACAGAGGACGCAGAGAUUAAAAGACGAGGAGAAAGCAGAGACGGAGAUAAGAGGACGAGUGUCAGGACGCCAUCAUGGGCUGCAACAUGUGUGUGGUCAAACGUCCGGAGGAGCAGUACAGGAUCAUGUUCCAGCAAAAAGGCUGGAGUGACUCCCUGCGGCCGAUGGACAGACAUGGAAACGUAAAGGUCAGAGGACGGAGGCUCUCUCAGCUCCCACUAGACAGGCCACAAAACUCCCAGGAGCCUUUGCACCAACCCGGGUCGGCCCGCAAGAGUCACAGGAGAAAAGGUACGUUAGCGUGCAGCGGUAACGGUACCGGCAGCAGCUCCAUCUACUCUGUUGCUAUGGUGGCGAUCCCAGACUGCGUCGACAACGCCACGCAGACGGACAUCAGCUUCCAGAACAUCGUGCCGCUGGGGAAGGGCAGAGGUCACCACCACCACCACCACCACCACGGCCGGGGAGGCGGCUCCUCCUCCCCUCCACCACCUCCACCCUCUCCUCCCCUCCCUCACCUCGUGGGACCGUAUGGGAUCAAUGAGUUCUGUGUGUUUGAGUACAACGACCCCGAUGACUACUUUGACGUCUCCAACCAUGAGGUGGACAGGCAGGAUGACCUGGAGUACGAGGAGGUGGAGCUGUACAAAUCCAGUCAGCAGGAGAAGCUGGGUCUGACAGUCUGCUACCGGACGGAGGACGAGGAGGAUCUUGGGAUUUACGUUGGAGAGGUUAAUCCAAACAGCAUAGCAGCCAAGAACGGACGCAUCAGAGAGGGUGACCGAAUCCUACAGAUCAACGGCGUGGAUAUUCAGAACAGAGAGGAAGCGGUGGCCAUUUUGACCCGAGAGGACAGCAUCAACUUCUCACUGCUGUUGGCCAGGCCUGACAUAGAGAAUGACAACCCUGCUGUUCCAGAGGAGGACAUGGAGCUGACUUUGGAAGGAGGAGGCUUCCAACCAAACCCUAAAGCCUCCUCCUGCUCCCUCACUUCCGCUCAUCCCUCCGGCUAUUACCGCCUCUGUCGGGGAGGAGGUGGAGGAGGAGGAGGAGGAGGAGGAGGCCUGGCCUGCCCGGGGGAAGCAGGAGGUAGAGGAGGUGCAGCGGGCGAUGUGGACGUGGAGGAGGAAGAAGAUGAGGAAGGGGAGGAAGGAGAGAGAGGAGAGAAGGAGGACAGAGACCCUCCUGUCCCCCUCCCUCCUCUGCUGGGCCUGGCUCCUCUGCUGUCCAACAGCCAGGAGCUGGACAGCGGAGUGGGCCGGACCGACGACAGCACCCGCUACGAGGAGUCGUCUGAACACGACUUGCUGGGUGAUCAGACCAGUGCCUGUAACACCAACACCACCAACACACCGGGCAGCACCAGGAAGUUCAGACCGGGACCCAGCCCCAGGCCCAGUCCUAGACCCAGCCCCGGACUCGGCCCUAGCCCCGGGCACGGCCGAGGAGACACCACCCCUCCUUUCCUCCACCUGAGAGACCUCCAGCUCAGCUCCGACUCCCUCCCCGGCCUGGACUGGGCAGCUGGAGGAGGAACAGGAGGAGCAGCGUACAGCCCCCACCACCACCACCACCAUCACAAGCUCUACCACCACCAUCCCUACCAGCCCCCUCUGACGAUGAUGAUGCCGGGUCUGACGGAGGAGGAGUACCAGCGGUACCAGGAGCUGCUGGAGAUCAAGUGCCAGUACGAGAAACGCAACGAAAAACAGCGAAGAGAAGCGUCGAGCGUCGAAGCAGAGGUGAAAGACCAGGAAGAGAGAGAAGAGGCAGAGGAGGAAGCUUCUUCUUCUCCUUCUUCGGUGGUGGUGGUGGUGGACGUGAACCGCAACGCGACUUUAAGUGAGCACGAGAUGGCGCUGAUCGAGGAGGAGUUACGCCACCUGGAGUUCAAGUGCCGCAACAUUCUCCGAGCACAGAAGAUGCAGCAGCUCAGAGAGAGAUGUCUGAAAGCCUGGAUGAUGGAGGAGGAGACGGUGGCAGCCGGAGUGGGGCGACCAGGCCCUGAAGCAGGUAUGGAUAAUGAUAACGAGGACAACGCAGAUAACGACCCUCAUCGUCACGAGUUGUCGGCCAUCAAUGAGCUCCCGGAGCGAGAGCGAUCCGACGACAAAGACAGCACCAGCGCCUACAACACAGGCGGGGAGAGCUGCCGGAGCACACCAUUGGUCAGCACCGAGCAGAUCCCACCUCUCCAGGAAGGAGAAGACGAGGGAGGGAGACGACUGAUGUCUCCGCCUCCUCUCCUCACCCUCAGUCACUUCCCCCCUCUGAACUCCCCCCUCACCCCGCGGCGUCACGGGCGGGACAGAGAGAGACGCCACUCCAACCUCAGCUGCUCAUUCUCCCCGGGUACAUACAGGAAGUACGAAACAGCCAAUGGAAAUGUGGCACACGGCUCAAGCUCCACCCCCUCUACACCCUCCAAAUUCAGGUCCCUGACCAGAGAGGCGGGGUCAUCUUCAAGAAGAGGUGUGGCUGAUGGAGGCCGGGGCUCCAGAGCAGGUGGCGCCACCGACAGGCCCGGAGGUGGAAGUGCAGAGUCCAGUCCCUAUUUCACUAGAAGACACCACAGCCACAAUCAACCAUUAGAGCGCUACCAGAGCUGCAUGACCUUGCCUUCCGAGGGCCUGGUGGACCCACUGGAUCGAGUCAGAGACCGAGCGAGGGCCGAGGGCGAGGAGAGGGGGAUGGGCACGGGCAGCAGCGGCCCAGCCAGCCCCAGGAGUGUGAACAGCGCCCCCUGUGGUCUGGAGGAACACCAUAGAGGCGCCUCGCGGUUAGGACUGGCCUUACCGCUCGGGAUGACACACUCAUCACCAACUGCCUCAACACAACGCAUGGAGUGGAAGGUAAAGAUCCGGAGCGACGGCACUCGCUAUGUGGCCAAGCGACCGGUCAGGGAUCGUCUCCUGAAGGCCAGAGCCAUGAAGAUCAGAGAGGAACGCAGCGGCAUGACAACUGACGACGACGCAGCCAGUGAGAUGAAACAGGGCCGAUACUGGAGCAAAGAGGAGAGGAAGCAGCAGCUGCUGAGAGCCAGAGAAUACAGACGGAGAAGAGAGUUCAUGAUGCAGAGCCGCCUGGACUACCUCAAAGGAGACAGGGACACUUCAUCAUCAACUGGAGGCGUUGAAGACCCCCGUUCAUCUCAGACCGCCCAGUUUCCACCCCGACAGGACUCCCCCAGCAACAACAUCCUGUUACUGAGCCAGAAGAAGAUCAUGAAGAAGAGGAAUCGUCGCAUCCUCGACAACUGGAUCACCAUCCAGGAGCUGCUGGCUCACGGCUCGAGGUCGCCGGACGGAAAGAAAAUAUACAACCCUCUGCUCUCUGUGACCACGGUGUGACCUGAGGACAGAGAGGAGGAGGAAGAGGAGAAAACAGGGAAGAAACAGGAAGUACAAGAUCACAGUUUCAGAUUUGUUUGAGUUGGGCAGACGAUAGAAACUUGUUGAAAAGAGAGUAAAGACUUGGCAAGGGUGGAUGAAAAGAGGAAAGAUUUAAAACUUGAAUCAUUUUGGUGUAUGGCAAAGAUCUGCUUAAAUCUGUCCCCUGAACUGUCUCUGAUGGUAAGUACAAGUGGGAUGACAAAGGGGAGAAAGAGGAAGAUACAGGUAAAGAAAACGUAGGAGAUGGCUGAAAAUGUCACAGAAAAGGCCUGAAAAAGUCUCUGAAAGGAACUAAAGUUACUGUGAGAAACUUUUAACUAAUUAUGAAACAGUCUCAACUCUAUACUGAUGCCUCUAUAUGACCUACAUAAGUAAACAAGACCAUCAGCGAGAAGAUUUGCUAUUUCUAUAUAGUUAUUCUUAAUGCUUGUCAUCUGUGCAACCGGGUCCGAUUCCAUGCAAAAUCGGAUGAACUCCUGCAGGUUCAUCAGAACCUCCUUCAGCUCCGACUUCAGCGGGGCCUCCAGCAGCGACCAGCCCACCGCAGACAAACCCAGAUCCGGCUUCGCUGCCGCCUUCAACCUGCAGUAAGUGGAGAGCGCCGCACCGGCAGCAGCGGCUCCUCCUCCGGCCAGGAGCAAAGUUAUUCCUCGCUGCUCCGCCGGAGCCCGCUGGCAGCGAACACCGACACCUCGCUGCUGGAGGCCCAGGCCGUAUUGCUGGACCCGCUGGAGGGAAGGGAGGCACGGGAGAACCAGAACCAGUUCUGAGCAGGGCAGACUGUCAGACCCUGCUGCAGUAAAAUGAGAGGUUUUCUAAAGGGAAUCUGGUGCUCAGAAACACUACCGCUUUUAUCCACAGGGACCGCCAAAAUCAACACAAAAUGAAAGUUCUCGUAGUUACAAGCGAUACACUUGUCCUGAAAAACUGUGCGAGAAGUCGAGUCACUUCUAAUGCGUUCAGGCAGAAUGCAAGGUGAAUUUUACAUAUUGCAAAAGGAAAGAGACACAAAUUGGCGCAAACUGAGGCGAAGACGCGUCUCUGUGAGUUAAAAAUGUUUAUGCUCGAGCAAAAAAUGUAUGCUAAUCCCGGGACAUUAUGAUCUAUCUUGCUCAUAAAUGUACAGAGAGGGCAAACGGAAGGAGACCGGAGGAAAUAUGAAAUGGAGUUCCUGGUGGCUUCUGAGAUAUAAACUACAUUAGCUGGUUAGCUCACAGCUAAUGUAGUUUAAUGCUUGACUUUCUGUCUGAAGAAACUUUGAGCAGGGCAAUGAAAUCCUCGCCGCUGCCUCCUCUGGUUAAAACUCCUCAUUAACGGUAGUGUGAUACGAGUACGGACAUUGAGAUGCUCAACAGAAUAUGUAGAUAGGAUGACAGCCUUUGAGAGGAAAAUUUUACGUAUUUUGUUUUCAUAUAAAAGAAACGUUUCAGAGGAUUCAGAGAAGGUCGAGUGAUCUUUCUUUUGCAGAUUUUCGGUUCAUGUCUCAGAAUCGAAGUGACUUUAUUCUCCAACGACAAUAAAUGUACAUAAAUUUAUGGUGGUGACGCUGAUUUCAGAAACAUAUUGACAAAAUAGCCAUAAAGUAUUAUUGAUACACACAGUGGGAGAUUGUACAGACCAACAGUCAGUAUUCAACCACUAUGUGCAUUAAGGGAAGAAUCCCCACUUUUAUAUCUGACUGUCAGAUCUCAUUGAUCUGUUGUGAUUUUGUGACAAUUUUGCUCACUUGCCUUUUAAUUUACAGGUGCAUCAUUUGUAAAUCACUUUCCCAGAAUGCCUUUAGAGACUCCUGAGGGGAACAGGGACACCUUACAUUUUUUACUAUUUUCUGCUGCUGUCUCUUCUCUGAGGAUUUCUUCCUGUAUGACCACAAUGUUAUUUUUUAAUAUGUUAGAUUGUUCAUAUUAAGCCUACACAUUUGUGUUGCUCAUUUGGGGGGUUUUAGCAGCAGGAUGGUUCACGAUGUGGUUGGGGCUUCAGACACUGGUUGUGUUGGACCUGUGUAAAAUGAGAUAUUAAUAUUGAGUAAUGAAAUGCAUGAAUUAAGUAUUGGAUGUUGUGGAUUAUUGGACAUAAUUCUUGAAUCUAAAGUGCUGUAGUGUACAAAGCCUAGUGCAGACAUUUUUAGUAGUGAAAGUGCAACAAAUGCUGAGUAAAUUAAAUUAAAAUGGAGUGAGAUAAGAUGCA